AUGGUUCUUCAAUGGGUAGAUAAACAUCGACCUACCUCUCUAAAUGAGUUGAAUUUUCAUAACGAUUUAUCACAAAGACUCAAAACUUUGGCUUCGGAUGGUGAUUUUCCACAUUUGCUAGUUUAUGGACCAUCCGGUUCUGGAAAAAAGACACGCAUCAAUUGUGUCAUUAAGGAGCUAUUUGGUGAGGGUGUUGAAAAGAUCAAAGUAGACGAAAGGAUAUUCCAGACAUCAUUGUCAACUAGGAAACAGGAAUUUCACACAGUUUCCAGCAUCUAUCAUCUUGAAAUGACACCAAGUGAAGUUGGGAAUUUUGAUCGAGUCGUUAUUCAAGACUUGUUGAAAGAAAUCGCACAAACACCACAACUGGAUUUUAAUGCCAAACAUCAAUUUAAAGUUGUUGUAAUAAACGAAGCGGACUCUAUGUCUCAUGAUGCUCAAGCUGCUCUUCGCCGUACUAUGGAGAAAUAUAUGGCAAAUUUGCGGAUAAUUCUCUGCUGUAAUAGUUCAAGCAAGAUAAUUUCACCGAUUCGGAGUAGAUGUUUAUUAGUUAGAGUGGGAUCUCCAUCAACUGAUGAGGUAAAGAAGAUCCUUCAUAUUUUUUCGAAAAAAGAGAACUUUCCACUUUCUUCCAUUGUCGCCCAGAAAAUCGCAGAGGAAUCCGAUGGAAAUUUACGUAAAGCGAUAUUAAUGUUGGAAUCACUCAAAUUUACCAGUGGAACCGAUUUCCCAAAGGCGGACGCAAUAAUCAAACUUGAUUGGGAGACACUGGCAUUCGAAUUGGUAAAGUAUAUUGAACAUGAGAACGUAAAAUGUCAAAUAAUAUUGGAGGCUGCAAAUUACGUAAAGAUUAUUUACCAAUACAUGGUCUUAAUAUUUAUCCAUGAAAAACAUGCAUUAAUUAUCGGGUACUUGUUUCAGGAACAUCAACUUCAUCUUGGGCAGAAAGCGAUCUUUUAUCUCGAAGCUUUUGCCAUUAAAACCAUGCAUAUUUACAAAUGGUAA